CAUGUGGAAAGCAAACAGGAGAUCACAUAGAUUUGAGAGCUCAUCCCCUCUUAUAAACAGCAUCAGAGGAUUGCAGAGAGAUUGUAAGAAAGAGAAAGAAAAGCCGAGAGCAUAUAUUAGACUAGAGAGAAAAAAAGCAACAAAGCUGAAAAGAUAAAAAAGCUAGCAAUCGAGAUAGAGUGAAAGAAUCCAUGGUUUCUAGGGAGCACAAGAGAGCAGCAGCGAUACUGCAUGAGAAGCUGCACCUCCUUCGUUCUAUUACUAACUCUCAUGCUCUAAACAGGACCUCAAUCAUAGUAGAUGCAUCCAAAUACAUUGUAGAGCUAAAACAAAAAGUAGAAAGACUCAAUCAAGAUAUGGCAGAUAUUGCACAAACUUCAACCCACCAAAAUCCAUUGCCUAUGGUUGCAGUAGAAAACAUUGAGAAGGGGUUUCUUAUAAACGUGUUCUCAGAAAAGAGUUGCCCAGGCUUGCUUGUCUCUGUAUUGGAAACCUUUGAAGAAUUGGGGCUUAACGUGCUUGAAGCUAGGGUUUCUUGUGCUGACAGUUUCCGACUUCAAGCUGUUGGAGGAGAAAAUGAAGAAGAAGCUGGCGAAGGCAUUGAUGCUCAAUCUGUGAAACAAGCAGUUCUGCUGGCUAUUAAGAAUUGGACUGAAACAAACCAAGAUUAACUAUGAAUAAUCUAUUUGUAAUUUGUAUAUCUCCGGUUAAUUUCCAGUUUUCUUUUUCGUAGUUGAUAUGUCUCGGUUGGAUCAAUGAUGAAUUUUGUUCAUCAAUUAAGGAAUCAAAUUAAUUAAGCUUCUUAAAAAUGUUGCGUGACGAAUGGGAUGAAUAAUAACAUGUCAAAAUUUUAAUGAAAACAUAGAAUAA